AUGGGGUCAAUGCGGGCGUCUCCAUUGCCGCUUCUUGCCUCCUCCAUCUUCUUCUUCUUCUUCUUCUUGCUGCUGCCGCUGCUGUGCUCCCCGGUCGCGGCCGAUGGGGGAACCACGCCGACCGUGGCCUCUCCCCCUUCUUCCGCGGUGGCUGCAGGCGCUGCCGUCGGCGACCUCGCCUCCUCUAACGGCGGCGCCGCCGUGCCUCCGGCGGCUGCGCCAGCUGCUCCCCUUGUGGAGGUGAAGCACCAUCAUUUACGCAGGGAGCUUAUCAUCGCCAUCGCCCUUGCCUCCAUUGCCGGCGUGGCAAUCGUCCUGGCCGCCCUGUAUGCCGGCAUCGUGUGGCAGCGAUAUCGCCGAGCCCCGGAUGAUUUCAAGGACACCCAGAGCACAGAUACUGCCAGGAUUGCAUUGGUGCCCAUCUUGAACAACUUCAACUCAUUCAAGUCUAGCAAGAAGUGCCUCGUGGCGAUGAUGGAGUACACCUCGUUGGAAAAGGCGACGGGGAAUUUCAGCGACACCAACGUGCUCGGAGUCGGCGGGUUCGGGUGCGUGUACAAGGCCAAUUUUGAUGGAGGGUUUGUCGCUGCCGUGAAAAGGUUGGGGGGUGAGGAUCAGGAGUACGAGAAGGAAUUUGAGAAUGAGCUAGAUUUGCUUCAGAGGAUUCGGCAUUCAAAUAUAGUGUCCCUUGUGGGCUUCUGCAUUCAUGAGGAUAACCGCUUCAUCGUGUAUGAGCUAAUGGAGAAUGGAUCAUUGGAAACACAGCUUCAUGGCCCAUCACAUGGAUCAGCUCUAAGUUGGCACAUCCGGAUGAAGAUUGCUCUUGACACAGCAAGGGGAUUAGAAUAUCUUCAUGAGCACUGCAGUCCACCAAUUAUCCACAGGGAUCUGAAGUCAUCUAACAUACUUUUGGAUUCAGAUUUCAAUGCCAAGAUUUCAGAUUUCGGCCUUGCAGUGUCAAGUGGAAAUCGCAGCAAAGGUAAUCUGAAGCUUUCCGGAACUUUGGGGUAUGUUCCUCCUGAGUACUUAUUAGACGGGAAGUUGACAGAGAAGAGCGAUGUAUAUGCGUUCGGAGUAGUACUUCUUGAGCUUUUGUUGGGAAGGAGGCCAAUUGAGAAGAUGGCCCCAUCUCAAUGCCAAUCAAUUGUUACAUGGGCCAUGCCUCAGCUGAUUGACAGAUCAAAGCUCCCAACCAUAAUUGACCCCGUGAUUAAGAACACGAUGGACCUGAAGCACUUGUACCAAGUUGCUGCAGUGGCUGUGCUCUGUGUGCAGCCAGAACCAAGUUAUAGGCCACUAAUCACAGAUGUGCUCCACUCUCUGAUUCCCCUGGUGCCCAUGGAGCUCGGAGGGACACUGAGGGCCACCUUGGAAUCGCCUCGCGUAUCACAACAUCGUUCUCCCUGCUGAGAAAUAAAUAAAAAGAGAGAUAUGAUCAGAACAUGGUGAUACAGUGGGCUUGCACCAUCCAAAUGUUUCAGAUAGCUUGUGGUGUUGAGUGCAGAUUAUUGUUUGUCACUCCAGUAGUCCAGUUGCCUUCCUUGGUGCUUGUCUGAGGAUGUGUUCCCCAGCCUUGUGACCCACCUAUACUUGUUAGUUGGAUCGAUAGAGAGUUUUCAGGUUUGUGGAGAAGAGGAUCACACAUCUGAUACUCCUUGCUGUAUAGAGAAUUCAUCUGUACUUCCCCCCUUCCUUUUUCUUUUUUCAUUGGCUCGAAAAAACUGCUGUAUAGAUUAAAUAUUUUCAUACAAUGAAAGAAAUAUUUGCCCCA